GCUUCCUACGUGUACGAGCGUUGUAUCUGCGCCAGACGUGAAAUUGACCUGAUAUGGAGCCGUGGCUAUUCUUUGGUCUCGGCUCUCUACGCAUUGCUGGAAGUGUUCACCGUCCUCUCCUUGGGCCUGGUAUGUGCUCAAAACUUCACGGAUUUGGAAUGCAAGGUAAGUUGCCCGCAGUAGCUCCGCCACGUGCACAACUACCUGCGAAUCAUAGUUCACUACCAUUGAACCUAGAGAGCAGUUCCCAAAGCAAUUGCACUCCAGGCUAUCAUGGCUAGCUACGACGCGGUUAUGGCUGUCGUAGCUGCCUUGCGUGCCUAUGCUAUCAACGGCAGAGAUUGGCGACUUCCUGCCGUUAUCUUCCUAUUGCUCCUUCUGCGCAGUGCUUAUGAUGCGUUCGGCGCUAUCGAUAUGCUUGGCGUCGCUGUCCCUCCACCAGUCAG